ACGUUUCUUUUUCCCGGGCGGCAGCUAGAGCAGACGGCGGAUGAGUUUUGGGCCUGAGAGGCCCCCGUUGAGAGGCGUGGCAACGCAGCCGAGAUCUGACAGGCCCAGUUCACGUGCAGGCGGCGGCGGAUCAUAUUCCUCCAUUUACCAUGCCUCUGCCGGGAACUCUGAACCUCAAUAACGAGUCCAUUCUCGUCAGAUAUUUGUUCUCACCACCGUCACUUCCAUAUAGUGCUAAUGUCAACAAAAUACUAUUUCUACCACUUACCGCCUUCUGGUUUCUGCCUCUAUCUAAUGAAGUAAUAUCAACCGAAGUCUUAAAGUAAGCUGGAAACGUAAGGAUCGAGUUGUGAAGAUGAGAAAAGAAGUGAAGAGAAUUCGAGUUUUGGUUAUCCGAAAACUUGUCAGGAGUGUUGGCAGACUGAAGUCAAAAAAGGGUACUGAAGAUGCACUGUUAAAAAACCAAAGACGGGCACAACGAUUGCUUGAAGAAAUCCAUGCUAUGAAGGAAUUGAAACCUGAUAUAGUAACUAAAUCUGCUCUUGGUGAUGAUAUCAACUUUGAAGAAAUCUGCAAAAAGCCAGAUUCUACUGCAACUGAAAGAGCAAUUGCCAGACUAGCAGUACAUCCUCUUCUGAAGAAAAAGAUAGAUGUCCUAAAAGCUGCUGUCCAAGCCUUUAAGGAUGCAAGACAAAAUGUUGCUGAAGUUGAGUCAUCAAAGAAUGCUUCAGAGGACAAUCAUUCUAAGAAUACUUUGUAUUCAAAUGAUAAUGGAAAUAACUCACAGCAUGAAGGAAUUAUUAUCAGUGAGCAAAAAGUGAAAGAAACCAAAAUACUGGCAAAGAAACCAACACAUAAUUCAAAAGAAAAAAUAACCAAGGUAGAACAUGGAGCUAAAGCUGUGACUAUUCUAAAUUCUCCGUCAAAGCCUUCAGAAAAGGAUUCUGUAGUUUCCCGAGAGUCCCGGAAGACACCUGCUGACCCAAAACUGAAAACACUAAGUCAAACCAAAAAAAGCAAAGGAUCUGAUAGCUCACUCUGUGGUAACAGUGAUGGCGGAAAAGAAUCAUGUGAAGAGGAGAAGGAGUAUUUUGAUGAUAGCACAGAAGAAAGAUUUUACAAACAGUCUUCCAUGUCUGAAGAUAGUGAUAGUGGUGACGACUUUUUCAUUGGUAAAGUCAGACGGACACGAAAGAAGGAAAGUAGUUGUCAUUCUUCAGUUAAGGAACAAAAGCCACUUGAAAAAGCAUUACUUAAAGAAGAUACAGGUGAAACUCAAGGGGAUACAAGAAAUGACACAACCAAGCCAGAUACGGAAACCAGAAAGUUGGAAUCAGUGUUUUUCCACUCUUUAUCUGGAUCUAAAAGCUCUAGAAGAAAUUGCAAAGAACAGGCUCCAAAAACCAGAUCCAUAGAUUUUCCACAGAAUGAAACUCAGAUCAAGAAUCAUUUUAAUAAGAAACUACAAAGAAAACUUGAAAAUACGAAACAGCAAUUGCCGCUGCCUCUUCAUCCUUCAUGGGAAGCAAGCAGAAGGCGAAAAGAACAGCAGUCUAACAUUGCUGUGUUUCAGGGGAAGAAAAUUACAUUUGAUGAUUGAUUAGUGCCUCUUCUGUGAAUUUUUCCAUCUUAAAAAAAAAAAAAUUUAAGAUAGGGUUUCACUCUGUUGCCCAGGCCAGAGUACAGUAGUACAGUCACAGCUCACUGCAGCCUCAAACUCCUGGCAUCAAGUGAUCCUCCUACCUCUGCCUCCCAAAGGGCUGAGACUGCAGGUUAAUGCACCACCAUGCCUGGCUUCAUCAGCCCCUGCCCGGCAGCUAUUACUUAAACUCAUAUUUGAAUAAGUCUCUUGGGAGGAAUUAUAGAAUGUUUUUGUAUUUCCUUUUUUAAGUAAAUUCAAGUUAUGUUUACAUAGACCUUUCACAAAUCCAAUAUGUACUUAAGUUGAUUUUUAAUAAUAUCCCUCAGACUGUUUCCCUUAUUCAGUAAUUUGGGGAUUAUAGUGGUCUCAUAUUUUCUCAUUAGUGCUUAUCAUGACAUGCGCUUUACUGGUUCAGCUCUGUUGUGUCCUUAAAAAUAAAUGUCAAUAUGUAUUUUUAAAUAAUAAUGGGAACAGGAAAUCAUAGCUGUUUAAACCAGAUCACCCUUGUUAAAAAUCAUUCUUGUUAGCAAACUAGUAACUUUUAUUAUGGAUGUACAGAUAAUUAAAUAAAUAUUAAUUUUAUUAUACUUUCAAGUACUUAUGAUCAUGUACUUUUUGAUUCUAAAAUAGUUGUCUAGAACAAUUUGGGGAUUCUUAAUUAUAUUUUAGUUACUUAAGUAAAUUAUUUAAAUGUAGCAAUACAACCAAUAAUUUGUUUUAUGUUUCACUGCAUAUAAAUAUUUUCAUUGAAUCAAGAAUAUUAUCUAGUUAUUUGACUAUAUAGUCUUAUUUCAGAAUUUUUGAGGAAUCAUAGAUUCUAAUUCUCAACAAAUUCUGAAGGUGGUAGGAUUAAAAAGAACAUUUUCACUGAUGCUAAGCCAAGAACUAUAAGAUGACUCACUGAGGAAAGGACUGCAUUAUACAUCACAGUACUGCUAUUUAAAAGGAGAAUAGAAUUUUUUUAAUCUCUUCCAAUGUUUCACUUCUGCUGGGAAAAAUUUUAAGGUUCUUGAUAAACUUAAUAAUGCUAAUCUAUGUUUCUUGCACAUUAGUGCCUUUAAUGGCAGAGAAGGCCAUAUGGUUAACAUGUAUUCACAAACUCUCAAGAGUCAUUUCUACUUAUUUCAAGAACUUAGAUAACUCAGUUGGGUGUGGUGACUCAUGCCUGAAAUCUCAGUACUUUGGGAGGCUAAGGCAGGCAGAUCGCUAGAGGCCAGGAGUUCAAGACCAGCCUGGCCAAUAUGGUGAAACCUCGUCUCUACUAAAAAUAUAAAAAAUUAGCCAGGUGUGGUGGUGAGCACCUGUAAUUCCAGCUACUCGGAAGGCUGAGGCAUGAGAAUCACUUGAACUUGGGAGGCAGAGAUUGCAGUGAGCCGAGAUCACACCAUUGCACUCCGGCCUGGAUGAUACAGUGAGACUCUGUCUAAAAAAAAAAAAAAAAAGAACUUAGAUAAAUAGAAUGAUGGAAUUCAAAAGAUUAUGCAGAGAGAAAAUUAUGUUUGCUGUGUUGAAUGCAUAAAUUGUUUUUGUACUUCUUUCUUUUAAAUUUUAUUUUGAUAUAAUUUCAGACUGACAAAAAAAGUAACAGGAAAAUGUCUCUGUAUCUACCCAGAGUUUGCCAGACUGUCAAGUUGGGGUCACUAUCCUUCACACUGCUAAGUCUGUCCAAGACUUUUUACCCCAACUGGAAGGAGUUAGGGUCCAAGUAAAAACUUAAGAGGGAAGAGAGUUAAAUGUGUUAGUUGUUAGCUAUUAGAUUUUGUUAUAAGUACUGUUGGACUUUGUUCUGAGAUGCAAUGAAGUUACUUAGAAUCAGAUUGGUCAUUUUGAAGUUUGUGCUGUUAGAAUGUGUCUAGAAAAAUCAUUAGUCUAGGUCAUUGGCUCUCAAUUUGGAGCAAUUUUCAACCCCCCCCAGGGAACAUUUGGCAACAUCAUCUGGAAAUAUUUCAAAUAGUCAAGGGUGAGGGGUGGGAGGUGGCUACAUCUAGCAGAUACAGGCCAAGGAUGCUGCUAAACUGUCUGUAAUAUAUAUACACAAAGAAUUUUAUAGCCCAAAAUGCUAACAGUGCUAAAGUUGAGAAACCCUGGUCUAGGGUUCAUCGACUAGGUUCAAUGACUUCAGUACGAGGCAUUACUCUACCUGAUACUUUACCUUUUAGGAAAUCGUUUUGCAGUGGCUGGUCAGAACACAAACUAUACUUGGGCUUGUGUAAGGCAUAGUUCCACUAACUCCUUUCUAGUAUUUCGUUUUUUUUCCUGGCCUUAGUGUAUUCUUUGUACAUCAUGCACAGGUUGUUCUCCUGAAGACUUGAAAGAACCCUUCUACAGAUCUUUGGAGCACUUUUUCUGUGUAUUUCCUUCCUCUAGUAUUUUGCCUCACAAAUUCUAAUCACAUUGGCCUUUCUGAACUCUGAAGUCUGUCUCUAAUGUCAAUAAGGCCACUGAGCUCUUUGGGGUUCUCUCUGCACUACAGUCUAGAAACUUCAGGCAGUGAGCUGGCGUACUUGCAGCACUCAACUCAUUUGUUUUUCUUCUGUCACGUAUAGUUAUCCUUUGCCACCUGUUGUCCACUUUCUGAAAACUGUUGUUUGGUAUACGUUGUCCAGUUUUCUAGUUUAAUAUAGAAGGGAAAAUCUAGUCCCUACUAUUCUUUAAUGGUCAAAAUAUAAGUCCUUCAUUAUUUAUUUUGAUGCUCAAAUUCUACUUAAUUUGGCCAGUGGGAGCCAUGUCCUUUUGACAUGUAAGUCCUUUCUCUAAUAGUGAGAAAAUAGAUUACCAUUAUCAAAGAUAUAUUUACAUAUUUUGAAAGUUCAACCCUAGCAUACAUACAUAAGUUAGUUUCAGAGUUGCUAAGUGAUAGCUCUGUAUAAAAGAAGCCUACUAGCCAAAGGGUUCAAUAUUUGUUUAGAGCUCUUUAAAAGUUAUCUGGGGUAAUAACAGUGAAAAUGGCAGAGUACGAACAUCCAAAAAUAAUUCUGUCUCUAAAAGCAAUAAGAAAAUUGUCCAAACUAUCAGAAUCAACUUUUUCAGAACUCUAGAAUUAACCAAACGCUUGCAGCAAUUUAAGAAGUAUUUACUAAAGAAAAAAUAAAUCUUGAAUCUUGAAUUAAAUCUUGAUAAGAAUAGGGAUCAUUGUGAAACCUAGCUCUAUUCUAAUCUCCUGUUUCCUAGAUUCAUGGUAGUUGUGAAAACCAACAGCCCAUGAUCAUAGCGCAAAACAGCAGCCUGGCAGCCACUGGAAGAAGUUCAAAGCAGGGUUGGAGUUUCUUAGGUUGGACAUUCCAUGAGAACUAUCGUUAUUUGACCUGUCUGAUGGUUCACUGGAAAACUUGACUUGCUGUCUUUGUUUCACCUGAGUUAGAGCUUACCCAAUGAGAUUAGCUUUUUCCCAGAGAUUGUUUUCAGAAACAAUUAGAAGCAUUUAAAAAAAAAAAAAAAACACACACACGCACAUCAAGACUAUCUUAGGCAGUGAGUAACAGUUGGGGUAAACAGUAAGUUAACCAAAAAGUAGGUUAAAAUAGCAUCGUUCUUGUCUUUUUUGAAUAAGUCUGAAGUCUGGGCUUCCUCGGGGAACUUCUGUUGCUUUUUUUCUAUUAUUCUUUUUUUAACCAAAGUAACAACACUACUAAGCUUAAUGAAUCAGAAAUUUCAAUGACCAUAUACAAUAAAGAAUAUAGACUUUACACAUAAAUAGAUCAGAAAGGUCACUAAACAACUAAAAGAUAGGGACUUUAAUAAGUUAUGACAUUUUUUUAGAAUCAAGGAGAUUAUGUAUGUGCAUAAAGCUGUGUACAUGGUCAGGAAAAGCUGGGAAGGCCCUAAACUCUCGCCAGUGGCUGACCUUGAGGCAGUGCAUAAGUAAGAGAAGGCUAAGGAAAAGCUGUUAACUUGGGGCGAAGUAGUAAAGGUGUGCCCCAACACACAGAGUCCCCAGUACAAAGAGAAGUAUUGAUUCCAGGCAUUUAGGGAAAUCUCUGUCGUUAUUAGCACACUACUAAGCAUAUUAAUCAGAUAUUUCAUACACAACAAAGAAUACAGACUUUACACAUAAGUAGUCAGAAAGUUCACUAAACACCAAAAUAUAGCAACAAGAGCAAAACCUGGUGAGGGAAGGGAAUCUGAUUUACAGAGUUGUAACAUUAUGUUACUUAAAAUGUCCAAUUUUAAACAAAAAAUUAUCAGACAUGCACAAAAACAAGCAAGAAUGGUUCAUGCACUGAUAGGGGGAAAAUAUGAAUAGAAACUCCCUGAGGAAGCCCAAACUUCAGACUCAAAAAAGACAUUGAAGACACUAUUUUAAAUAUGUUCAACCAAAGUACACUAUGCCUAAAGAGCUAAAAGGAAGUCUGAGAACAAUGUCUCACCUAAUAGAGAACAUCAAUAAUCAGAUAGAAAUUAUGAAGAAAAGCCCAAAACUAAAGAACAGAUGCUCAGAUCUGUGGGACGCUAUCAGAUGUACCAACAUAGGCAUGAUGAAAGUCUCAUGUCACCCAGAAUUUUCACCUAUAGCCGUAAGUGUCCAAGAGAAUUGAAAACAUGUUCACAUAAAAACUUGAAUGUGAAUGUUCAUAGUGGCAUAAUAGCUUAAAAAAGAAAAAGAAGCAACCCAAACAUCCAUCAUCUGAUGAUGAGUAAACUGUGAUUUAUACAUACAAUGGACUGAGAUUUGGGCAUAAAAAGGAAAGAACUGUUGAUACACACUACAACAUGGAUGGAUGAACCUUGAGAAUAUAAUGCUAACUGAAAGAAGCCAAACACACAGUACGGUUCCGCUUACAUGCAAUGUCCAAAAUAAGUAAAUCCAUAGAGAACGAAAAUAGAUUAGUGAUUACCAGGAGCUGGGAGAGGAAAGAAGAGUGAGUGCCUGCUAAUGGGUCUGACAUUUAUUUUUAGAAAGAUGAACGCAUUCUGGAAUUGAAUAGUGUUGAUUGCACACCUUUGUGAACAUACAAGAUCCACUGAACUACACUUUAAAAGGGUAAAUAUUAUGUGAAUCAUAUCUCAAUUUAAAAAAUAAUAUAAAGUUACCUGGGUGAAUAGAGACUCUUCUCCUCCCUUCAGUAUAUGUAGUACUUCAUUUGAAAUGUAGUGAAGUUUAUAUAGUUCUGACAGUAUUUUAUUUUAAUGAUUUUUCCUCCAUCCAUGGUAGUUUUGGUUUUUUCCUUUUAUGUAUGUGAAACAGCAACACUGUUCCUGAAGUCAGAGCUACACAAAAUACUAUACUCAGAGAAUUAGCAACUCUCCCCUUUCCCAUUGUUUGUUCUUUCCACCUCAUUCCCGUCCAUCCCCUAUAGAUAAUAAAUUUCAUUAAUCCCUGGUAAAUUCUUCCUAUGUUCCUGUUUGCACAGAGGAACAAAUAUAUGUCUAUUUUCUUACCUCCUGUUCUUUCUUAUGCAAAAAUUAGCAUUCCCUAAAUAAUUACAUGAACUUUGCCUUUUUCAUUUAAAAUACACCCUGGCAAUCACUGCAGAUUUGUUCAUACAGAUCUUCCUCAUUUAAAAAAUUGUCUUAUAUUACUCCACUGGGUAAACGUAUAAGAAUUUACUAAACCACUCUUCUAUCUAUGGGCAUAUGGAUUAUUUUCCAUGUUUUGCAAUUACAGUGUUUCAAGGGAAAUAUGAAAAAUCGGUAUGUAUUUCAUGUUAUUGCAGGUAUAUUUUCAGAGUAAAUUUCUGGAAGUGGUAAUGUUGUGUCAGAAUGUAAAUGCAUAUGUAGUUUUGGU